GGUCUGAGAAAGCAGGCACCUGCUCCACGAACUUCGAGGGAAACGUCUCAUUUCCACUUCCGUUCGACAUGCUUGCGGCGAUCGCACUGGUGCUGGCAGUAUGGUCGCUCUGGGCUGGUGCUCUGGCCCGGUCGGACUUGGUCCAGUCGGACUGCGGCGGGAUCCUCACGGAGGUCUCGGGCGUGAUCCAGUCGCCGGGGUAUCCCAGCGACUAUCCCAACGGUGCCGAUUGCCUCUGGGACAUUCGGCUGGCGGAGGAACGCUCCAUCACCAUCCACUUGGACGAAGUGAACCUGGAGGACAGCGCUGGCUGCACGGCCGACUACAUCGAGAUUCUCUUCUUCACGGGACAGUCGCUGCUCCUCUGUGGGAACAGCGCGUCCGGGGACGUCUUCACGGGGACGAAUAGGGUCUUCGUCACGUUUCAUUCGGACGCGCAGAACAACGCGGGGCAUCGGUUCAGCAUCAGUUACGACUCGGCGGUGACGGGGCCGACGACGCCGGAGCCGGGGUGUCCCGAGGGCUGGCUGGAGUUCCAGGGUUUUUGUUAUUACUUCGACGAGGCGGGGGCGGAGUGGGAGGAUGCGAGGGCGUUUUGUCGAACCUCGGCGGGGGAUCUGGCGAGCGUCCACGGUCGGGAGGAGCAGCUUUUCAUCCAGGAGAACUCGAAGACGCCGACGCUGUGGAUCGGGGUGGAGGUCACGGGACCGCUCGACGUGGAUCCGUGGCAAUUCGACUUCGUGGACGGGUCGGACGAGGAUUAUCAGAACUUUUGGGUCGGGGAGGAGUUCAACCCGCUGGGGAGCGACGGGGUCGUGCACCUGGUGCUGGAUCGGUGGCAGAACGACGACUGCGAGCAGAGGAAGAACUUUCUCUGCUUCGCGGAGGGACCCGGAUGUCCUCCGGGAUACAUCCCGAUGGGGAUCUUCUACUGCUUCUACGUCUCGGACUUCGCUCUCACCUUCGACGAGGCGAGGGAAUACUGCCAGGGGAGCGAGGGGUCGGAUCUCCUCACGAUCGGCAACGACGACUGGAUGGUGGUGCAGCUCAUGUCCGUCUUCGAUUACGAGUUCCCGGUGCCGGUGAAGGCGUCGCAGUUCUGGCUGGGGAUGAGGAAGACGGGUGGGACCUGGGGGUGGGUGGACGGGCUACCGAUCGGGGUGGAUCGGUGGGACUUCGGCUUCCCGGAAGACGGCAGGGGAGACUGCGCCGCGGCGGUCGUGUCGUCGUGGGACGACGUGGGGGGUUGGGACGUUCACGGGUUCGUCUGCAAGACGAGGGCGUAG